AUAUUUUUGAUUUUUUGAACUUAUUAAUUCAUUUUUAUUUAUUUAUUUAUUUUCUUAUAUUAGCAGAAAAAAAAAGAAAACACAACUAAAAAUGGAUGCUCCUCGUCAAGCCACUUUAGAAAGAAAAACGAAUGAAACAGAUAUUAAAGUUUCUAUUAAUCUUGAUGAUAAAUUUGAUCAAAAGAUCAAUGUCAACACUGGUAUUGGUUUUCUUGAUCAUAUGCUUCAUGCUCUUGCUAAGCAUGGUGGCUGGUCAUUAGAUAUUAGUUGUAAGGGCGAUCUUUGGAUUGAUGAUCAUCAUUCGGCUGAAGAUUGUGGCAUUGCCCUUGGUAUGGCUUUCAAACAAGCCCUUGGUACCCCUCGAGGCAUUAAACGUUUUGGUUCUGCAUUUUGCCCCUUAGAUGAGGCACUUGCUAGAGCUGUUGUAGAUAUCUCGGGUCGUCCUCAUGCUGAUAUUAACUUGGAGUUAAAACGUGAAAUGAUUGGUCAAUUAUCUACUGAAAUGAUUCCUCACGUCAUGGAAUCCUUUGCUUUUGCUGCUGGUAUUACACUCCAUGUUGAUGUUUUAAAGGGUAAAAAUGAUCAUCAUAAGUCUGAAGCAGCUUUCAAAUCUUUGGCUGUUGCUCUUCGUGAAGCUAUUACUAGAACAGGCACAAACGAUGUUCCUUCAACAAAGGGUGUUUUGUAAUUAAUUAUUAUAAUUUCUUUUUGUUUGUAUUUAUAUUCAUUUUCCAAAGAUGUUCUUUUUAUUGUAUAAUAAAGCAUUAGAUAUUUUUUUUUAUUAAAGAAUUUCCCAUUUUUUUCUUCUUUUUUUUUCUUUUUCUUUUUU